CCAUUUGUUAAUGUUUCAUUGAACUUCAUAUCUGCUCAUAUUGCUCAUCACAACAUGCUGAGACUGUUUGUGUUGCUGUCAGUAGUGAUCUACUGUAAUGCCUGCUACGUGCAAGUGUCACCCACUGAAGAUAGUCAGACAGAUACCACUGAUGGACCAGAAGGUUGUCUUGACUCAGAGGGACAAAUCCAUGAAUUGUACACUGAAUGGGAGUGGAACAGUCACAACUGUGUAUGUGUGAAUUUUGGGACAGUCUGUUGCCAAAGAUUUGGUGAAGACAGCAGCCCACCUGAACUCAUCAGCAGACCUGGAAUCAUAGCUGAUGACUUCAGAAUGUUCACUGAAUUUGAAACUGAGGCAGAAGAAACACCAAAUGAGAUCGUUCUGCAGGAGGAUGUACGGGCAGCGAGAGGAGGAUGAAUGUGAUUCCUCAAACCCACCAGAAACCAUUGCCAUGAAAUAGUGAAAUAGUCAUUCACUAUUUGAUAAUUCUCUUCGAAAAUACACAGCUAAACCCUGCUGAAUGAGCAGAUUUAUGGAGCAUUUAAAUAAAUAAACAGACCUAUGA